GCUGGCCGGGGCGGCAGGUGUCGGGAGUCGGCGGACAGCAACCUGAAUUCGAAGACCAGCAAAAUCGGCACUUGUUAAAGAUUAUUUUGCGUACUGCAGCGCUCCCCCAUCUCGAAGAGGUUGUGGCGCUGUCAUUUGUGAUCGGAGUAGGGCAACUGGCCGAUCGAAAACCACUACCAACAUCCGAGGGUCUCUCAAUCCAUCGCAGCCCAGUUCUGUAAGCUGUGCUUGGAGCUGCACUCGACAAGAAGCAUAUCAUCGAAGAGAAAUGGGCAAGCCGAAAGGCAAAAGCCAGCAGGCAGCACUCAAUGGCAGUCCAAGUGAAGUCUUUCUGGGCUCUCCUCCUGUGUCUGAAUCCGAGUCCCGCCCGCAUGCUGCAGAUGGACACAAUGUCGACGGCUGGACAGAUGAAGACAUCCAGACUUACAAUGAUCUUCUCAAUGAGAGGGCAAAGCUUGAGAAGGAAAAGCACGAGCUGGAGCAGCGGUCAUCUAGACAUCAGGCACAACGAGCGCUCCUUGAUGAAAAUGCCAUGGACAUGGACAAGCUUUUCAAAGGCCCUGUGGGCGGUGACCAGAAGUUUGUAGGGUCCUCUUCGUGUUGCUUGGAUGGGGAUUCUGAGACUGUCCUUGAUGUUCCAACAAAUGAAUACCCAUGUGGACAUGAGAUAUGCAUGCGAGCAAAGACAAAGGGUGUCUCUUGGAUGGAGAUGGACACAAUCAAAUAUUACCAAACGAGAGUAAGGUCCGAAAAAUCACAGAGAAUGCAAAAGGCUUUGCGAAAACAAAGAGACGUUGAGCUAUCUCGUGUGAAGAUAGACGACGAAGAAGAGUUGAUGCGAGAAGGAAAGAAUGCACUGUUCGACCAUAGCAUGCUCCUCAAAGCAGCUGCUGUUCAAGCGAGCAUGGAGUACGAGCCAGGUCCAGAGAUCCAUCCGUCAGUGGAAAUGCUCGCAUCCAAGUUUCCUGAUCACAAGCGAAAUGCAAUCUUGGAGGCUGCCAAAGCGAACGAACACAUUGUCCACCGAAUUCGCGCGAGGCUGGAUCAAAUUCGACAUGAAGUCAACACAGGCAAGGUGUCUCCUGCCGAUGCGCGUGCCAGAUUGGACCAGGCCAACUCUGAAAUGGCUGAAGCUGAGAAGAAGAACAAUGAGUUCAGGCAACUGAUUCUCGACGUUUCCGAUCCCGCCUUUUCACAACUUUACCAGACAAACCCCAUGAAUUUAUCAAGCAUCCUUCAAAACGAUUCAUCAUCUUCUAACUCAGAUGCCUUUUCCCAAGCACUGAACGUCAUGAAGGACUUUUUCAGUGCCUCUGACCCUCACGACGUCCAAACCGCCAUUACAGACCUACGUAGCGUCCUCGAGAUGAAUGGUCCACUGUCUCCUGUCCUCCAAAAGUCCUUUCGUGCCCUCGAAGGAAUGUUGUCACGAUCCAACACUGGAGGGCCUGGACGCGGCGCAAUUAACAGCAAUGGGAAAGCUCGUCUACCUAACGAUAUCGUCGAAUCCAUGAUGAGGCUCCGAGAAACUAUGCGCGCUGCCAAAAGCCCUUCAUCCGCCACCACCCCCGGGUUGAGCUUGGACGAAGAUACCGUCAAAGCUAAUGUCGAAUGUAUCAAGGUGGAAGAUGCGGCAAAGAGAGAUAUGAUGAAAGCUACCGACAAAAUGAUCAAUGAUACUCGCGCGAACAUCGAAGCCGCACUCAAGAAGAUCAAGGUGAAGGCGAACCUGAAGUCUCCAAUCCCAACGGUAUCCGACUUUGUCCUCGACGGAUUCAUCUCCGAGCUCCUUUUUGAUCGUGAUGUCAAACACAUCGUCGACGAAGCUGCAGGUAGCGCAAAGGUCAAUCAGCUGGCUGGGAAAAUCACUUCUCUCGUCAUUACGACAGCUGGAAAGAAGCCCGAGAACUUCCUGGAAGCUUUGGACAUGUUCAAAGAGUCGGCGAAGAGAAACAAAAAGACCGAAUAUCCUCCGGUCCUUCUCCAAGCACUAUCCAACGUCGAGAAUUCAAUGAGCAAGUAUGUGGCCGACCACGAAACGAAGCAGAAACAGGCUGCCGAGAAAAUGAUGGAAUCGGUGCUUGGCAAGCCAGCGUCCUUCGACCCCAGCUUCCUCUUAACCGGCAAAGAGAUCGAUAAAGGAGCUCGGGAGUCCUUCAUGAACUUCUUUCGCACACCUGAGGCCAAGAACCCAGUCGCUGUGCGGCGCCAUUAUUUAGGGUUCAUCUCCCAACAUCUCGCCCAAGGCAUCUGGGAAAGUUUCGCAGUAAUCGCCAGUCGCAAUACAUCGCACCUCUUCAGCCCUGAGCCUUGGGAGGACGAAAAGGCCUUCUACCUUGCUAAUGUCCGGCUCGCUGCUUCUUCUUCAGGACAGGAAAAGCUACAGGAUGUCAUUUCCAUGUACCAACAGCUGGGUGUUUGUCCUGGAAUGACGGCCAUUGUCGUAGCUCAGCGACUCACCUACGAUAUCAGAGCGGACCCCGAAGCUGCUAACGAUAGCAUGUUGAGGCUCAGAAGCAUGUUCAACCAAUACGACGCAGGCAAGAAUCGUGAUUGGUAUCACGCGUUCACUUUUGCUGCUCGGGCGAUUUCAGAUCUCUAUGAAUGCAUGUACUAUCUGGUAUCCGACCUUAAAGAAUUGUUCACCCCACUCAUUGCGGCCGAUUUUGUUGGCUUAAUGUGUACAUUUGGUCUGGCAGUCGAUGCCACCGAGGCGGAAGUCAAUCUACACAUGCUGAAAGCGUUGAUUGACAUCUUGUCUGUGGCGCAUGAGGAGCGUACUCAAGUGGCCAAACCCCAGGAGGUAUUCUCUCGCUUCUACCACAUGUCCCGGGACUCACGACACAGAUGUUCGCCGCAACAUACCUGUAAGGCAAGAAUCAGGACGUUGAACACGGCGCGGACAAGCCCACAAUGGCUUCCCCGUCAUGUGAAAAAAGAAGUCAAUUUGCAUCGCUCGUCGGAAAACCUGAACAAUCGCUCGGAGAAGAAGAUGACCAUGGCUUCAGACGAAUUGAUGGCACGCUUGGCGAAUAGACCGAGCAACGGUACUCAGGGAGCAUCAUCGCUCAACACCAAACAACCAAUGCAGCUCAGACAAGUCUCGGUCAACGUGCCCAGCAUUCAAAAGAGUACCGCAGGCAAGACUUCCGAGGCAGGCAAUCUGGAGAGAGAGUCGUUGGGCGCUGCCAACGCCGGUAAAGGCGGAAAGAAGGACAGAACUGAGGUCGCACCUGCAUUAGCAACCAAGCCUCCUGCGGCCACGGGCACCGCUAGCCAGGGCAACAGCGCAGCCCAUUCUCGUGGCAAGCAUGGCGCGCAGACUACCAAUGUGCCACUGGUAAUGAACGCGCGCGAGCUCGAAAUCAAAACGAAAUUGGAAAAAUUCUUCCAAGGCGUCGUCAUGAUCAAUCGUUCCGUCACCCAGGGUUUCGCGGAUAUCGCUGGUGUCACUGAUAGGAACCCUCUUAUUGGGAUCAAUCAACAAUUCAAGGAGAUGGCGGUUGGCCACGUCGAGAUGGCUUACAACAUCGCGAGAGUGCAAGGAUACACCGCUUUGCAGACUUGGUUGGAACAACGCUUUACAAUUGGCACCGGUAAGGGGGCUGCCGGACAAUGCAAAGGUCCUGCGGCCUCGAAGACGAGUGAAAAGGAUACUGCUUCUACCAAGACAUCAUCAUGCUAGGAGCACACAGGCGCAUCGGAGUGGGACGGAGCAUGGGCAUUGGUAUCAAUGUCAAAGAUCGGCGUAAAUGGGCUUUUUUCUCGGGCAAUAAAAGAUGU